GCCGGACCCCCAGAUGGAGUGACAGGUCUCGGGCCCCCAGGCGGAGCGACAGGUCUCGGGCCCUCAGGCGGAGCGGCAGGGCGCCGGACCCCAUGGAUAUGGGAGCGGACCAGGUCUCGGGCCUCCAGGCGGAGCGGCGGGCGCCGGACCCCCAAGUGGAGCGACAGGUCUCGGCCCUCUAGGACGGAGCGGCGGGCGGCCGGACCCCCAAGCGGAGCGACAGGUCUCGGGCCCUCAGGCGGAGCGGUUUGGGCGCCGGACCCCAGAUGGGAGCGAACUGAGGUCUCGGGCCCUCAGGCCGGACUAGCGGCGGGCACC